UCAACAUCUGAUGUUUUCAAUGUGUUUGUUUUUCAGAAAUGUCUCAAACUUUAUAUUUCAGCGUUCUUCUCAUCGCUCUCUGUUCAUUAUCUGAAUGCAUUCAGCGCCGCUAUCACCAUAUAAACAUGAUGAAGACCUGGACUGAAGCUCAGAGAUACUGCAGAGAGAAAUACACAGAUCUGGCCACAGUCAACAACAUCAAUGACAUGAAUCAACUGAUGAUGAGUAUAGACCAAAGUCUGUGGACGAGCAGUAAUGUUGUGUAUGUCUGGAUUGGACUGAAUAGAUCAAGUGUUUAUAAAUGGAAGUGGUCUCUGGGUGAUCCUGUGAAAUAUACAAACUGGUAUAAUGGAGACUCAAAUGGUCGAGAUGAUUGUGUUUAUAUGAGAGAUGGAUCAUGGCAUCAUCAGGACUGUAAUAUGAAGAUGAGUUUCAUCUGCUACAAUGAGAGCAUUAAAGGAUUCAUCAUUGAUGGUUCUUCAGUAUCAUGGAGAGACGCUCAGAUCUUCUGCAGAGAGAAUUUUACUGAUCUGACCAGUGUGAGGAAUCAGAUUGAGAAUCAACAGAUUCAGAAGAUCAUGAAUGACACAAACAUAUCUGAAGUCUGGAUUGGUCUGUUCAGUGACUCAUGGGAGUGGUCAGAUAAGAGUGAAUCUGGAUUCAGAAACUGGAGCUCUGCUGAACCUAAUAAUAAUAAUGGUUCUGAAGAUUGUACAGCAGCCAGAAUGACAGAACAGGGAUUAUGGCAUGAUGCACCUUGCAGUUACUCUCAGACCUUUGUGUGUCAUGAAGAUGAUCUGAUAUUGAUCCAGAAGAAUCUGAGCUGGUCUGAAGCUCUGAGAUACUGCAGAGAGAAUCAUGUGGAUCUGGUUUCAGUUGAUUCAGAGAAGAUUCAGUUCAUGGUGACAGAAGUGAUUCAUCAGUCCUCUACUGACGCUGUGUGGAUGGGGUUACACUAUUACUGUCAAAUGAACCUCUGGAUCUGGAUACGAGGAGAGGUCGUGUGCUAUCAGAAUUGGGCUCCAGGGAACGAAACAAAACUGAUGGACUGCAACACUGAACACAGAGCUGGAGCAGUUCAGUCUGGAGGAGAUCAUCUCUGGAUCAGCCUUCCUCAAUCUCACAAACUCAACUUCAUCUGCAUCAGAAAAUAAAUAAAAUAAUUUGUGUCUAUCACUUCAUUUUUGUUCUUUAAAGACUUUCUGGUUUUCAUUUUGUUUUGUUCUUUAG